UCUCUCUCUCUCUCUCUCUCUCUCCUCAUUUCGAAAUUCGAGGUAGAGAAUUCUGCUAGGGAUGGCGGCGCUUGCUUCAGAACCUCCUCCCUCGAGAUUUUCAGGUACGCUGCUUGACUCUCGUCUCCGAUGGGCGGAGUAACAUGCCGUCCGCGGUCGCCUUCCGCUGAUUGAAAUGGAAGUCGCGUUUGGUUGAUCUUUGACGAUCUUCGCUGGCUUCGCCGGUUCAGAUACGGCGGAGAUUGGAUAGGAUGUCUAAAUCGUUGUCGGCAACGGUUGAACGGCUAUGUCGCGUCGCGGUUGACAGCUAAAAUCUGGUUCUGCUGAUUGGGUAGCCGGAAAAUGUGUUUGAUAGUUGAUUCCGCUCGUGUUGAAGUUCUCCGAGGUGUGUACGCAAUGCACCUUUCUGCCAAUUGUUGUUGAGAAAUUAAACCUUCGCCAAAUUGCAUGUGUACGUUGAAUUGUGCUUCGAGUUGGCUUGGCACGAUGGAAAAUGUAUGUGCAUUUGUGGAUCAGUAAGUAUGUGAAAUAAUGACGGUGGGUUUAUACGUGUGGAUGUGCUAUGUCGUGCACACAGUGGAAUCAAAUAUGGAAGUGUUUAUUUGUGUUCAUGCUGUAGCUAGUGGUGCUUUGCCCGAAACAUCGUGAGCUCUAGAGAAGCACUCCACUUCUACCCUGGAACUUCAGUGUUAGAACAUUCAAUGCCAGUCCACAAUCGCUCCUCCUUGGCCGCGUAAUGUCAGCUGAAACUGUAACCUCUACGGGCAUCGACUUCGAAUUGUCCGGUUUGAGAUCCGGAGGAUGCAACGAAACUGUGGAUAUUAGAGUAAAACGAAAAUCUGAAGGUGCCUGGAGAUUUUGUUAUGCAAGGAGGAAGCGACUGCACAACCAAAAUAGCAGUCCUCAUAUUUCUCAUUCAUCCGAAGCUAGUAUGGGUUCUGAAGAUUCUGUUUAUCAACACCCUAUCAGUAGCGAUCACGUAGUUAGGAAUAUCAAGACGGACGUCCAGCAUCUCAGACGUGCAAGUCCUGAUUCAGCUGAGGCUUCUUCGAGAGGGGCUGAGUUUGAACUCUCCGGUGUGAGAUCUGGGGGAUGCAAAGAAAAAAUGGACACUCAAGCAAAAGGAAAAUCUCAAAAUGCCUGUCGAUUUUAUUAUGUCAGGAGUAAGCAAAUGCACAGUCAAAAUAGUGCUCCUCAUUUUACUCAUUUUCUCAAAGCUAAGUCUCCCAAGGGUUUCGAAGAUUUUUUCUAUGAACACCUCAUUAUGAGCGAUAAUUUAGUUCAGGAUAUGAAGAUGGGCAUCCAGCAGCAGAUAAAUGGUCUGAAUCCUGAUCCAACUGAAGCAAGUGAGCAAAAUGAUUCUAUUGGAAAGGAUUACUACAUUGGUCAUCCUGGAGAGUUUCCACUCCUCUCAGUCAAGCAAUCAGGAAAAAGUGAUGGUGAUUACGCUUCUGAAAAAGACGAUGCUCAUAAUUGUGGUUCUAUAUGUGAAAAUUGUGCUGACUUCAGGAAUUGCUUUAUUCGUGGUAAAUCAAGUCUACCGACUGCGCACCCAGAGAGUAACUCCUCCCAUAACUCGUCAAAAAAAACUGAGGAAAUUUUAGCUCAAGAGCUGUUGAAUGUGAUUGCAGGUGAUAAAAGGAAUGCACUUCAUGAUGAGUUGGACAGUCUGAACGUAAGUUCAUCAAAGCAUGAUAAGAUUGUAAUUUCAGGACAGGUAUUGCCAGACAAGCUUACCAAUGGUCAAGUUCAUGUAUCUGUUGCUACUUCAGAAAAUGACCACGUUGAUCUCUCAAAUUGUGUAUUAAAUAUGGCGAGUGAAAUAGAUUUAGAUGAUGAUGAAGGUUGUUCUGAUAGACUGUACAGGCAUGCGAUGAACCAUCAUGAUGAUGGACACGAAGGAGAUGUUUUUCUUUUAGCUCAAGAUCCAAAAUUGGAUAGAGAGAUGUGUCUUGGAAGUAAGGAAUUCAAAUUUUCAGCAACUGCUGUUGUCUCUGACGCAUCAAAGCCUGCUCAAUGCAGAGAAUACAGUUUGAAUUCUUUAGAAGUUGAUGAAUUAUCUAUUCGUGUUCUUGGAGAAAUUUCUCAUGAAAUGAGGGUAUGCUCAUUGAACAGAGAGGAUCCACACAUUCCAUGGAAUGAUGAUUUAGCCUCAUCCAUGGCACCUUUUUCAUCUGUAAUUUGUCAAAGCCAUAAAGACUCCAAGAGUGAUGCUUCCACACCUGCUAUCAAUGAAAGCAAGGAAGAAAUAAGCCUCCUCAAGGCAGAAGAAAAUCCACCCGAUACUUCCAUAAAUUAUCAAUUAGUGGAACAACACAAACUGCCAGAUGAAGGUUCAAGCAAGCUCCCUGCUAGUUGUGUAGUCAAAACUUUGUUUCCCAAUAUUGAAAGUGCUAUUGUGGUUACCACAGAGGAAAUUGAUGCUCCUGUAGAGGCAAGUCCCUUAUACGGAGAACCUGAAGAUCAAAAUUUUACAGAGCAAUCACUAACGGGCGAGUCCCUCAAAGAAUGUAAUCGAAUGGAUGACUUCUCAGGUGGUGGAUCUUCAAGUUUAUCUGUUAUUCAUGAAUUAGACAGUACUCUGUCAAGACUCGAUGACGAAGAGUGCGAAAGUGAUUAUGAUGAUUCUAAGCUUCCCGACAUUGGGGAAAUGAUACAUAGCAUGGAUUUGUAUCCAGAUGAUCAAGAUUCUUAUGUUAAUGGAGCAGUCUUCAGGUAUCAACAUGAGGAUAAAAGGGAGUCCAUCAUUCGAUUGGAGCGAUGUGCUCGAUCUUCCAUACAAAAAGCAGUUGCUUCAGGAGGUCCACUUGCAAUUUUAUAUGGCCAGAAUUCAAAGCAUUAUAUCAGGAAGGAUGAGGUCGUACUUGGCAGGGAAACAGAGGAUUUUCAGGUUGAUAUUGACUUGGGAAGAGAAGGAGGAACUAACAAAAUAUCUAGACGGCAGGCUCUUAUCAAGCUGGAGAGAGAUGGUACUUUCUUUUUAAAGAAUCUCGGAAGGAGUUCAAUAUUUGUGAAUGGGACAACAGUUUCUGGUGGAAAUCACGUACAUCUUACUACAAACUGCUUGAUUGAGGUGAAAGGGAUGAAACUAUCAUUUGGAAUAAAUGCAAGAUCUGUGAGGCACCACUUGGCGAAGCUCGCCAAAGAAAGCCGAGGAGUAAAUCGCAUCUUUGAGUGGUCACCAUAGGGGUCCCCGAGCAAUAUGGUUUGAUAGUCAUUUCAAGGCCAAAAGACAAAAGCAAAGAGAAAUGGUCGAGGAACACUUCUUAUUUGAUGCGCAAUUGGGCAUUGGCCAUCUUUUUUUGAUAGUGGACGAUACUCAGUUACGUCUCUCUCUUCUUAUACAUAUGGUCAAUCAUUGAGUUCAUUCUUAGAGGUUAAUGAAUUUUUUUUUGUUCUCUAGAUUUUUGCCUAUGUCACUCUUAUAUGAAGAACGAGGAUAGGAUUGGAUGCAUGAAAUUUAUUUGCUGUGAUGUUAGCAUCGCAUUGAGUUUUGCCUUUCUAGAGUUGGAUAUAGAUGCACUCCGUUUAGAGAACGCUUUCGAUCUGACCUCUU